GGCGCACUUUCUUUUGGCGCAAACGCGUCACAAGCCAACACCGCAGCGGCACAAUAACAUUGGCGAGGUUAUCUCGUGAGAGGUUGGGGACGCCAUCUGCAUGUCACGACAGCAGGCGCCGGGCUUCAAAGAUGAAGCCCCACUAAGCAAUGUCCCAGGCUUCUUCAGCGACUGUUUUCUGGAACUGAAAUCACAGCCCACCUCUUCGGUGUAGAAAUCAAUCUGCAGCCAGUCAGCCAGCAUGUCGCAGCCGCCCAGCAGAAAACAGCAGCUCAGGAACAACUGCUUGGACUGGGCCCUGUCCUUGGUAGUGUGCAUGGGCCUGCUAUGGCCUCCAGGGGGGGCAUCGGUGGCACCCUGCAUCUGCGCCUCCAACAUCCUAAGCUGCUCCAAGAUGAACCUGAGCAGCGUACCGAUGAGCCUGCCGCUCUACACGGCCGUCCUAGAUCUCAGCUAUAAUGACAUUGUGAGGCUGAAGUCGGAGUGGACCACGGUGAAGCUCCCGAAACUCCGCAACCUGCUAUUGAGCCACAACGGUAUGAUCUUCCUGUCUUCGGAAGCCUUUGUGAACGUGAAGCACCUGCGCUAUCUGGACCUGUCCUCCAACAGCCUGCAGCAUAUGGACGAGUUUGUGUUUGAGCCGCUGGUCAACCUGGAGGUUCUCCUGUUGUACAACAACAAAAUCACCCAGAUUGAGCACUCAGCCUUCCUCACCACACUCAACCUCCAGAAGCUCUACCUAAGCCACAACCAAAUCUCCAGAUUCCCCGUGGAGCUCAUCAGGGAGAAGUCUCGCCUGGAGAAGCUCGACCUGCUGGACGUGUCGUCCAACAAGAUUAAAAAGCUUCCUCUGGAUGAGAUGGGGGCGCUGCCCGCCUGGUUAAAAAACGGCCUCUAUUUCCACAACAACCCGCUGCCGUGCCACUGUGACCUCUACACGUUGGUCGCCCACUGGGCCCUCCGCAAGCUCAACUCCGUGGUGGACUUCAGAGAUGACUUCACUUGCAUCCUGCCGGGCCCGCAGAAGAAGCAAGUGGAUGUGUUUAGCCUGAGUGGCGACAGCAUGAACUGCAGUACCUUCAAGGAGGCAGAAGAGGAAGCCUUUCUGGAGCAGACGCUGAUCCUGGGCUGCGACACCAAGCGUAGGAACAUGCUCAAGACCUGGAUGCUUCCCGGUCCAUCUGCGCUGAUUCCCGACGGAAACCAGACGGCCAAAGUCUUGUCGGACGGCAGCCUGCGAGUCAGUCCAAUCCGGUUAGAAGACUCUGGAACCUACACCUGCUUGGCUACCAGCGAGGCCUUCAACGAGACCAUCUAUGUGGUCCUGAAGGUGCACAACUUCACCAUGGACGGCAGUGGCGAUACCCUCAACACGGCGUACACUACCUUGGUGGGCUGCCUGGCCAGCGUGGUCCUGGUUCUGGUUUACCUCUACCUGACGCCGUGCCGCUGCUUCUGCUGCCCCGGCAAGGGCAAAGGCCAGGGUGACGACAGCAUCCGCUCAUCCGUGCUGAGUGUGACGCCCACCCACGGAGGCGACCCCUCAGCGCUCAACAGGCAUGUGGUCUUCACAGACGCCAAGGAGGCGCGGGGCCAGAACGGAAAGCUGAACCCCAACGAGGACCAGGAUGACGAAGAGGCGGAAGCUCGCACGCUGAUGAAAGGAACCAGGAAGAAGUCCGUCGCGGAGUCCAUCAGCUCCGUUUUCUCAGACACGCCCAUGAUGGUCUGA